GUCUAUAUAAAUUAGGGAGGGGUACUAUUUUUUUUUCUCCCGCCAUAUGAGCCCUUCCCCCAAAAUGGCACGGCACGUAACCUCUCAUCUCAUCUUCGCGACGAAAAAAAAUAAUUCACCCAAAAUCAAAUCCUCCCUCUCUAUGCCCUGUUUCCGUUUCUCCUUCUCCUCCUUCUCGAUGAAUUCUGUAGAUGGAGGUGGAGGAGGAGGGGCCGGGCAUGAAGAGCCAACUUCUCUGAAUUAUUUUGACAUACGAUUCGAAUUCCGAGAGACAAUCAAUCUUCCGGAAUGGGGAAUUGCUUCAGAAGGCCUCAGCGUAUUUGCGAAACCCCAAAAGUUGGAAGCUUUUGGAUUCCUGCCUCUGCCUCAACAACCACUGGCACUACAUCUACUGAAAACAGAGAUCAUGAGAGUCACCCUUUGCCAGUUCCAACUGGCUCCGAGAAGUCAUCGUCAUUGCAUAGCAGAGGGGGGAGUCUUCCAACUCCAAAAUCUGAACUUGAAAUAUUAUCAUCGCCAGACCUUAAGUCAUUUCUGUUUAGUGUUCUUGAGGAGGCCACGGGAAACUUCUGUAACCUUCUUGGUGAAGGAGGCUUUGGCUGUGUUUACAAGGGAUGGUUAGAUAGGGAUGCCUUAAUUGCUUCAAAAUCUGGAUCAGGAAGGGCAGUUGCUGUUAAGAGACUAAAGCCUCAAGGUGUUCAAGGCCAUAAGGAGUGGUUGUCAGAAGUGAAAUUCCUGGGACAGCUUCAUCACCCACAUUUGGUCAAACUUAUUGGCUUCUGCUUGGAAGGCGAUCAUCGGUUAUUAGUGUAUGAAUUCAUGCCCAGAGGGAGCUUAGAAAGCCAUCUAUUCAGAAGGAAGACAACAUCACCUCUUUCAUGGGAGAAAAGGAUGAAGGCGGCUGUAGGGGCUGCUCGGGGACUCUCAUUUUUACACAACUGUGGUCCUCAAGUUAUAUACCGUGAUUUUAAAGCUUCAAAUAUCCUCUUAGAUUCGGAAUUUAAUGCAAAGCUUUCAGACUUUGGUUUAGCCAAGCUUGGUCCAACCGGUGAUCAUUCCCAUGUAUCCACUCAGGUUAUGGGGACACAAGGGUAUACUUGCCCUGAAUACAUGAGUACAGGUAGGCUGUCAGCAAGAUGUGACGUGUACAGCUUCGGGGUGGUAUUGCUUGAGCUUCUAACAGGACGAAGGGUGAUGGACAGAUCAUUGGGCCAAGGCCACAGUCUGAUCGAAUGGGUAAGGCCAUACCUGCACGAGAAACGGGCAGUGUCAAGAAUCAUGGACAGCCGGUUAGAGGGGCAGUACCCUCGGAACGCAGCCUAUUUUGCAGCCAACCUUGCAUUCCAAUGCACCCGUCCUGAGACCAAAAGGCGCCCGGACAUGGCCUACGUCUUGGAUAUCUUGGAACAGCUCCAAUUGCCAAAGUCUUACGGUAGGAACAAGCACCGUUCGUCAUUGUCAUCCUCAUCCUCAUCCUCAUGGGAUUCUCAGCUAAAUAGUAAAAGUAAGUCUCCCAAGCCUGGCCAUGUAAUGCAGCAGCCUUGAAAGGUUUCAGAUAAGUGCAGAAAUAAAGCAUUUUGCUUAUU